AUGGUGGUCCCUGGAGAAAUGAAGGGAAUUGUGCGGACGUCUUCUACCGCAUCAACUAAGCGACGGAUGAGUGCACAAGUGGCUUUUGCCGCGCUGAGCUACCUUUCUUCAAGCUCUAAGAUUCUAGCGAUAACCCUACACGCAAUCAUUUUACUUUUUCUCUUUCUUAAAAUUCUCGAUCAGAACGUUUCUCGACCCAAUUACUGAAAAUCCUAGAAGUCUUAAACCUUAACUUCUUAGUUUUCAGAAAGCCCGGAUGCCGAAACUAGCGACCUUUAUAGCGUCCGUUCCAGAAAGUUCCGAUAGUUGAAAAUCGCAUCAUCUUACUGUUACAAUGUUCUCCCUUAUUUUAGCUUUAAUUCAUAAUGUAUUCUGUUUUCGAUAAGUUUGUUUGCUUUUUAAAACCUUUAUUUUUUUAUAAUAAAAAAAUGCCGAGAAAAGAUCUAGUCGAUUUUUUUUUUCUUAAACUUCAUAAUGUCUUUGACAUUUUAUUUUAUGUGUCGCUCAAAAUUCUCUCCCCGUCCACUCAAUGAAACAAAAAACAAAGCAGAAAAAUCGUACAGUUCUGGUGAUGACAAAUCGAAUACAGCAGAAGCUUUCAAAUUUCGAACAAGCGGGUCUCAUAUGCUGAAAAAUAUAAUCUAAACACUCACAAACGUGUCAAACCAUUCGAAAUUUUAAAAGCGUUGAGCGUUUUAUCGACGAAAACGACAGCCAUUUUGUAGCUAUUCGAGUCAAAAGCAUUUUCGCUGUUCGACGAAAACUUUUUCCUGAAUUGUUCAAAAACUCUUUCUUUUAUUUGAACUCCCAAGCACAGAUUUAUCUUGCGGCGCUUCUCAAACCGUUUGUUCUUUUGAAACUAUUUCACUUUUUGUUUUCCGUCAUUUCAUGUCUUUUACAGACGUUUGUGAAUCAACUACUUCUUAUAUUGUAUCCGUCUUUUUUGCUUUUCCUUACCGUAUCGAAUCGACUUAUGACUGACCUUUUAACACAAUCAUUUCUAUUUUUUUCAGUCACAAUUGCGGCCCGACGAGUCGCCAUAGCCGCCACGCUGAAGCGAUCACACCCCGCCGAAGAUUUUUUGCAAACUCUUGAAGACCAGGAGUUUGCCAUCGUCCAGGCCAAGGUUGGAAGAGCCAUAUGUUAUAGUUUCUUUCAAAGGAUCUCAUGGCGUCCGUUUUUUUUUCUUCUGCUAGGCUAAUUGAAUUUUUCAAUUUUUUGGCCUUUUCUCAGUUUCGAAAAGUUUAGUUACUGUAAAAUUGCAAACUUUCGUCGUAAAAAAACAGCGUCUUUGUUGAAAAACACUUCAAACGAGGAAUUAUUUUUUCUGAGAGUACCAAGACGAAAAAAACUUACUUCAUGUCGUAAAAGCAUAUUUAUGUUUUUAUAGCUCAGUUAUGCGGCUUCCGAGAGGCUAAUAUGAAAAGCGCUCCUGGCUUGGUGCUUGCAGUUUUUUACGAUCGCAAAAAAAAGACGUUUCAGGCACUGCAUUCGCAGUAGGGUCUGAAAUUGUAAAAAAGAAUUUAGGUGAAGUAUGGAAAACAUUUGCAAGGUCAAAAUUAAAGUUAAAUUUUUUUUUUCGCCAAGUGAGCCAUAUUUUCACCUACAGAGAAGAGUAAAAAAGUACGAGGGUCCUGAAUUUCAAAAAUACUCCUUCGCGGUUACUGUGAUUAAUCAUUAUGAAGUUUCAAAAAAAGUAUGUUUCGAAUAGUUCAAUUCCUGAAAAAAUCAAAAAAAGCAUCCAAGAAGUUCAGUUUCAAAAAAUAGAGCAUAUGCUUCUUUCUUGAAAUUAUUUUUAUAGUUUUUUCACAAGCCACUUCGGCUGAUUCAAAAUACAAGUUCAAAAAUUGCAUCUAGAAGGUUUGUUGUCGACUUAUUUCUCGAUUACUUCUGAUCAACUUGAAUUUGAAAAAUAAAUGUGAAAACCAAUUGAUGGUUGCAAGUCUACCGGUGAACUUCAAAAUGUGGAAAUAUCAGAAAACCCUAACAGACGGAAUGACACCUUUUUGUGACAAUGUGCAAUCAAGGCGAAACAUCUGCUGCAAUUAGUCGGGGAUCUGUGGUAAGUCCGGCAGCACCUGGAUCGAGCCAUUUGCACUUCGAUUCCAGCACACGGUCUUUGGAAGGGCGCAGAUCGGCCUCAUUUAGUGAUUCUCCUCAGUCGGACGCGGUUAUGAUCGAGUGUCGGGCGAGGAGUCAAUCGGCUCUCGCAAUAUGUUCUUUGUGUUUCAUUCUGUCAUUUGCCAUGUGACCUUUUAUACAACAGUCCUUUUGCUGUCAAAAUCAAAAAGCUCUUAAAAUCUUGAUUCCUUUUUUUUUUGCUAACAACUUUGAAAAAAAAGUUUUUACUUUUGCAGCAAAGAAUAGAGUGUAAAUUUUUGAAAAAAAGUGGAAUUUUUUCAAUAGUUCGGAACUCUCUUCUCAUCUGAAUAUUCAGCUGGUUCUUAAAAUUCCCCGUUCAUUAGCCGAGUAAUGCUCUUAGUGCUUUUCAAUUUCGAUUCAAUUUAGCAUUCCGCGAACGGAAAAUUUUUAUGUCUUAGCGCUUGCACGCUUCCUCUUCCUUCGUUUGCAGUUCACUUCUCUUUUGUAUUCACUAGAGUUCGGACAUUUUUCUUCAAAAUUUUUUCCCAUCACAGCAUUCUUUUGCAAUCUACAAGUUCUCAUGCUGGUUAGUCUUCGUCGAAAGUGUGUUUGAAUCGUGAGAAAACGUCAAAAGGUGUCGGCACUGUACUAUGUGGUUGUCUCGUGAGAAAACUCCACACGCUUUCGUUUAUUUCUUUCACAACUACUGAAAGAAAAUUUUUGGAAACCUUGAUAAAGACAGAAGAACGAAAGAAAUUAAAGCCGAAAUUUGCAUCUUUGAUGUUUUCAUCAUGAUCAACGUGUUCAUCAUGCGUCAGGAGGAACUUUCAUAACAUUUCGCCUUUGAAACGGUGUAAGAGGCUUUUUGUAGUAUUCUCACUGAUUUAUGAAAGAAGUGUGGUGUUCAAAAAAGCCCUCAAAGUGGUACAGCUUUUUUAGAAUUUGAAAUCUUCACAACCCGUCCGAAGACGGUUGGAAUAUCUGAACUUUGCAACGAGCUCUUAUCAGUUCUUUUGAAGAAGCCCUCCUCUUUUUUGAGUCUUUCUUGGUCUGACGAGCUUCUAUCAAGUGAAUCAAGUUAUAAUUUUUUACAAAAAAAGAUAGUAAGAAAAAAAUUGUGCUGGGGGGCGUUGGCUGAAGGCGCGUCCGAUUCAUCCGCAGCGCACGUCUUUCUCUCGUGUCGUUCUCGCACUCUCCAUCCAGCGACCUCCGGCUGCCCGCAACACGCCAUGAAAACCGAGAACGCCUUCCUUAACUUCCUUAUCAAAGAUAUCGAGAGAGCCGAACAAGAGGUAUAUAAAUUACCUCCCUUUUUGGUGACUUUCCUGAGAUGUAAUCGGAGUUUUGAGAUCGAGGGUUUUUUUGAUCUUAUUGUGCUCAUUGCCGACUGAAAAAAGGAUCAGUGAACUAGGAUAUCAGCGUGUUCAGCGAGAUAUGUGAAGUCGUCUCUGUGAUGGUCAUGAGUAGCUGAAAGGUUCAGGUGAUAUGGAAUGAAUUAUCGGAAAAAGCUGACUGGCUCAAUUCCAAUAUCGUAACAAUGCAUUCAGUGAAGUGUGGCAUCUUUUUCUUUUCUGAGAAAAAGAGGAUUUUGACUUAUUGGAAUUCGAAUACUGCCCUCAGAGUGUAUUUUAUUGUUCUUCCCAAAGUUUUUUGAACUUUGAAAGGCUAUUCUCUUGAUCCAUGGCACUCGUCAAUCUCGAAGCUCUUCUUGAAUCAAUCGUUUUUUUUCAAAUGAGAGAAAACGUUCCGCAAAAGUUAUUGAACUAUUGGAAUUUUUUCUCAAAGGGAAUAACUAUCAAUUUUAGUUUCUCUAUGUCUGUUACUUCUUCCUGAAAAGCAGAGAACUUUGUUCUCUAAAUUUUCAAGAAUCCUAUAAAACAGUGAAACAAAACCGUCAUUACAUGAUCAUCAACAUAAAAAAAUUUUUUUCCAAAAUCUUUUUAACUGCUUUUUUUCAAUCAGGUCAUGAUUUGAAAAUCUCUCUGAUCUUUGUUGAGCGAAGCGAAAUAAUCCAGUCUUUUGAGAACUGGAUUUAUCACCGCAACACCUUUCCGACCAGGAACUUUCUCUCUGUUACCACUGAUAUUGACGGAAAUCUGCAAAAAGCAUUUCAUUUUUAAAAUGCUUCAAUUUCAAACAAAAGAUUAUUUUUUUAAAAAAAUUUUUUUCUUUGAAGCGAAUUUUCAAAAAUGGAAAAAUUUUGAAAAAAAAAAUGAAAUUUUAAAGAAACUUCGUCGGAAUCGAGAAUCAAGCAAUCUUGAAAUGUUUUUCCUGCCGGAAAAUGAUUUCUGUGGCGGUUUCAGAAAAUGAUGGCAGCUAGUGCGGUGGCGCCGUUUCACGUCGGUACGUCGCUGUCCAACGGGACGACGCCUAACUCGCUGUGCUCGACGCCGGUGACGCUCUUCCCUCAACAGCCGCUGCUUCAUCUCUUCCCACAGCAUCAGCUCGCUCAGCCGCAUAUUGACGUCAGUUUUUUUUUUGAUCAUAGGUUUCUCACUCAUUUGUGGAUAAAUAAUAUCUUUUUAGAAGAAUUGUUUGAAUCUUUUAGCAGAAUUUGAAAUUUACAAAUUGUUUUUUCAUUCAAGAAGACCUUUUUUCAAGUUUUCACAACGAUUUCUUGCGGAUUUUAUCUGAAAACUUUUUUGUAGUCAAGAAAUCUUCAAAUUUGCUGAAAGGCCAACUGAAGUCAGAAAUACCACCAAAAAAAGGUCAAGACUCUUUUUUUGAUUUAUUUUUGUUCUGCUGAACUAGAAAAUGUCAAAGGCAUGGUAAAUAAAAUAAAAUAAUGCAGAAAAAAAAAUCCUGGACAUUUUGAGACAAAGAAAAAUGCUUUUUAACACAUCCAACUCCGAAAAAAAGGUUUCUGAACAAAAAAUGUUGCGACUGGAACCAUUAUCGAGUGUCCUUUAACACAUUGUGCAAAGGACACAAUAGUGUGCGUGAGCAGUCCAAAUGUAUGAAUGCACCUGUUGAAUGGCAAACAGCGCCGCGCGGCUUGAUAGGUUGUCCCAAAGCGUUCAAUCGCGUCCGACCGCUUUGCUUCCUAAUACCCAAAACCCAUCUAAUGAUUGAUGGCUACAUCGAAAGCCCCCAAUGACCUUUGAAUCCUUCAUUUUAACGUUAAACCUCAGUAAAGUGCACCUACGCUUUUUGAAACAGAACCUAGUCUGUUCAUUUAGCUUUCCACUCUUUUUUCUCCAAAGAAUUCUGCCGGAUCUUAUGCGGAUUUGGUUUUUUAUUGUUUUUAAUAUCCGGUUUGCGAGAUUGGUGGAUUUUUAAUAAGAGCAUUUUGAUUUAAGAUCAUGAAAAAUUUUCAUCAAUUUCACCUGCCUUUCAAUCAAGCUAUGAAGUUCCGAAAACUCCAAAAUACCUAUUUUCUUCAAGAUUCAAAUUUUGAUAAAACUUGAAAGCUUUAUAACUGAACUUAAUGAUACAUGAAUUUUUUUAAGCCAUUCCCAAUUCUCUCGAGCCGUCGAUGAACCAACCUAAUAAUUUAUGAAGAUCUCAAUCUCUUCAUUUUUUUGUUCUCGCCAAAAAGUAGCCGAUAAUGGGAUUUGUGAGCCAUUCCGGGUAGACAAGAGCAUCUUCCCGCCCUAAAACACGCUCAGCCGUAAAUUGGACGUUUGGCGUGCAGAUGUACCCAUCAAAUACUGGCAGCACCCUCUGUUUCAGAGUCCAAUAAGACAGUCAUACGUAAUGACCAUGAAUAUCGCCGCGCAAGCCUCUCCCGCCAAUGCAUUUGCAACGAACCGUCGUGUUCCUCGAUUGGCGUGCCUUUCAAUUUUAUGGUGGAUUCACGGAUUAGUCGGGAAAAAAAUCACGACAGUUUUGAGCAAUACUUUUAUUGUAAAACCAAAAAAAAUCACGGAAUCUCAAAUUAAUUUACAAAAGAAAAUUAUUUGAGUAUUGUCUCACACCAAAUGUGAUAAACUUGAAAAAAAUGAGAUUUCAAGAUGAAAAAAGCCCGAGAGAAUUCAUUUUUUUGACACAUCACUUUAAUACGAAAAGUCACAGCUCAUACUACUUAUUUAAUUAGAUUUUAAUAAACUCUCAAACUCAUUAAACAUUUUUUUGAUUAGCAGGUCAAACAUACCAUUAAGAAACCAGCGAAAACUAGUAAAAAAUAACUCCUUUUCUACAGAUAGACCUACUUAUUUCAAUUCUAGCCAAUUUCUGAGCAAAUUCCAGUCUUCCUUCUCAAUUUUUGCUUUUCAUUCCAAUGUCUGUAUGACUUGAUAGACUAUGGCGCUUCAAAAACAUGAAAUACUCUCAUUUUGAAUCAACUUGUAAGCUUUGUAACUUGACUAAAACUUGGAAAUGAAAUAAAUAAAAUUUGUGAUCUGGAAGCAAGAAAUGCUGGAAUAUUUCAAGAAUCUUACCAACUUAUUUAAGAGCAUAGACCAAAAUGAUUUCAAGCCGCAGUGGACUGAAAAAAGCUGUAUUACACCAGAGGUCAGCGGUACUGAUACGGGUGUAAAGAGCAGAAGGGAGCGCAAUAAGCGGGGCUCCGCGCCUUUCCUCGCUCUAUUCGCAGGCUACUGGUCUCUAUAGUCUGUACGUUUAAUUCCCAUCUCUUUGCGCGUCCAGCGCCGUUUUUCUGUUCUUGCUGUAUCAUUCAGUUGUCUGAAAAUGCACGAUUUCCUAUCAGAUGAUCUAAUCUGCAGAUCGUAUCUUCUUUCGGAGUGCAGACUAUAUCCAAAAUUCUUCAGAAUUGUUCUCUGGGUUUUUCCUCUUGAAUCUAGGUUCAAAAGUCGAUUUCUUCUUAUCCGAAAAUGUUUUUCAAUCAGUUUUUGAAGAAGAAAUAACAGAGAAGCUUUUUCUUUUUCGUAAGUGCUCAGUUAGUACGGACUCAGUACUAUGAGCCCUCUUGAAGAGUGUUUCAUGGAAGAAAAUGAAGAUUUCCUUAACUUUACUGUUUUAGAAAAUUCUUAUAUCCUCCUGACUCCACUAUCUUUUUUUUCUGGAGUUUCAAAUCGUAUAACACCAAAAAAUGAUAUGAGGUUAUGACUUUAAAAAACUUGAAGAUAAAUUGAUUCUGAAGAUUCUUCUGAUUAUCUGAUUUUAACCUUCAACAUUUUCAAGUCGAUCUGUCAUGAAAUAAAAUAAAAUCUAUUUGGCAAAUAAAAAAAAUUUUGGAAGCAGUGAACACCCAAAAAAGAAAUGAAGAGUCCAAAUCGUCAACAUAAAAGUUUAGUGUUUCUUUAAAGUUAUCACGAUAAAAAAAUAUUUUUUUGCCAAAGUAUUUUUUGAACUUUCUUCUAAGGUUUUUAAUGAUAAAAAAAUGAAUUUUUUCUCAAAAACUUUACGAAAAGUUUGAACUCAAGACAAAAAAGAUGAUAGGAAAAGAACUGUUAGAAAAUCAGUCGACCGAAAUCGACCUAUAGACUGGAUAAAAAAGUCCUGGAGGCCGUAGGUUUUUUAUUUCGUCGCCACCAAACGUGUAUAAUCGAAAAUUGAUCGGCUGGGCUACUGCGCAGGUCAAUCGCAAUCAGUCGGUCCGUUAUUAUUCUUAUCGUUUUUUAUCGUUCAGGUCCAUUCUCUCCUUUUUGUCCCCUUGAUCAAGUUAAUAGAGCUUUUUGUAUUCCCCUUUUUUGAAAUAGAAUGAGUCAAAUUCUCAAAAAAAAUGUUUCAGUACCAGAUGCAGCUGCAGCCGACUUUGGCCAACACUUACGAGGGGAUCCCGAUUUUCGUGGUACCAUCAAAUGGGCCUACCGCAGUUCCUUUGGCCGCAAUUCAGAGAGCAGCGGUUAGUUGGAUUCUCAAAAAAUUCGGUUUUUUGUUGGAAAAAAACUUUAAAAUCUUCUCUUCUUCGAAUCAGGAAGUAAUAUGCUACGGAAAAAGCAAGUUCAAGUAAUUUAAAUGAAAGUCUCAAGCUAUGCAUUUUUAUGUAUGCACUUUUUAAAUGAUUCAACGUGCGAUAUGUUCCGAAAAGUUUGAAAAAAAGCUUCUUCCGUCUCUUUUAGAAAAAAAGUCAGAAAAAAAGCUUUCAACUAACCUUUCUUUCGAGUUUUGGGUGAGUAGUUUCAUGCAUGAUCUAUUAAGGGAAAAAAUUUUAUUGCAUUUUUUGGUUUCUUUUCGGAUAUUUUAAAGGAAAAACUUCGAAAUAAAAAUAUGCCGAACCAGUUUUCCGAAUCAUUAACAGGAAACAGCUUUUUAACGAGCCAUGUUAAUUUUAUGCUGAUUUUCCAGGAAAUCAAAGCAACUCUGGCAAACAUCCCGCACGAACCGAGAAUAGACACAAGCCGUAAGAGCGUGUUUUGCGAGGAAGAGUUCUUAUAUAAAAUUCAGAGCACUACCACGUCUUUGUCGGCGACCUGAGCCCCGAAGUCGACAACCGGCUUCUCAAAGAGUCUUUCGCUGUUCACGGAGAAGUCAGGUAGGAAAGAUUUUAUUUUGCCUUUUUCAAAAAGAAAAGUGUUUCAGCGAAGCAAAAGUGAUCCGAGACGCUCAAACGCAAAAGUCCAAAGGAUACGGAUUCGUCUCAUUUCCCUUGAAAGAGGUUAGAAAUCUAGUCAAAACUGAAAAGAAAUUGCAAUUGCGCAAAAAAACACGAAUAACGGUUCUGUUCAUUUGGAGAAUAUGAAACGUUUCAAAGUAAUUUGGUCUUGGAACUUAUUUUUCCUUUUUUGGACUUUUUUCAAUCAUGUUUUUCAGAAUGCCGAGCAAGCAAUCACGGCCAUGAAUGGUCAGUGGGUUGGCCGCAGAGCAAUCAGAACCAACUGGGCAACUCGAAGACCUGCCGAAGAAGCACGGGACAAGCUCACUUUUGAACAGGUGAUUUUUACAAGUUUUUUUUUGCUUUUUCUGGAUAACACUAGUGAUUUUCUUUUCAAAAAGGGAAUUUUAGAUUUGUUUUUUCAAGUUUAUCAAAUGAGCUGAGCUUUUUUUGCUUACCAGAGAGUGUUUUCCGAAAUUUCUACCUGACUAAGAUGGUAAUUUCGGAAAAGUGGCCAAACAAUGUUUCAAAUUUUAUGAUUUCAUCGAAAAAAGACUAUAUACAUCAGCUGGAGUUUUUUUAGAGAAAAGUGUAAAAGGCCCAUAAUUUGAAAAAGUCAGAAUUCAGAGAAAACCAUUUCAUUUUGCAAUAAAAAAAUAUGCUGAUAUGUUUCAAAAAAACAAGAUUCAUAAAGUUUGACUUUAGAACAUUUCAUAUUAGUCCAUUUCAAAAUUUAAAAGUUUUUUUAGAUCUUCAACUCAACGAAGCCAGACAACACUUCCGUCUACGUAGGAAACGUACACCCUGUCACAACAGGUGAACUUUUUUUUCAUUCAGAUCUACCACUCGAAUAACCUUUUCUGUUUAAUUUAUUUAUUUUUCCGUUCGCUAAUCAUACAGACAGUCUUUAAAGGUCAACGAAGGUUUUCAAACAAAAAGUGCGAAGGCUAACAGAAUAAAAAAAUGCAAUGAAAACAAGAUGGCGCGACCUUUUGCUUUUUGCAAAUGAAGACGUAUUGGAUAGUACCUUGGUCUCAAGGUGCAAUCGUUUUCGAAGGUGAAAAAAACGAAUAGGGGGGAGAGGGCAGCAAAUUUUUCCUGAUUUUGUAAACCAUUCUGGAGGUUGAAAAAAAAAAAUGAAAAUUUUGAUUUCUUAUCCACUAUAGAAAACUGAACUUGAUGGGAUGCCGGUCUUCAGGUGAAAAAUUAAUUUUUAAAAAAUCAAACAGGAUUAUUGAUGUCAUAUUUAUCGAAAUAGCGGUGAAUGAGGUUUCAAGUUUUAAAAAGUCAAAAAACCUAGUAAAAAUGGACUGUUACUAUCGUCAACUUUCUAUAAAAAUCCAACAUCUUCUUUCAGAAAACGACUUGCGAGAAUUUUUCACGAAGCACGGAGAAAUUUCUGAAGUUCGUCUGUUCAAAGCUCAAGGAUAUGCGUUCGUCCGGUAUGAGAAGAAGGAGUGCGCGACAACGGCAAUCAUGGAAGCAAAUGGAAAGGAACUCGGUGGCAACACAAUUCGAUGCUCCUGGGGUCGCGUUCAGCCCAACGUUUGUUUUUUUUUCAGUUUCAAACAUUUUUUCUGCACCUGAUCAAACACAACUUGCGCGUCUAAAUACUAAACUGAUGGAAGCUCCUCAUUUUUCAGUUUGAAAAGGAACUUUUCGAUAAUCUCACAUUCUUGCUAAAGAACCAAGUUCAAAUUUGAUAUGAAUAAACUUUUCAGAAUCCGCCAGCUCAGGUGAUGCCUGAUCUGACGCCACUUCUGGCUCCUGCUCUGAUGCAGACUCCAAUGACCGCCAUGCCCAACAUCUUCUACAAUCCCUACUUCACGCCGCCAGUCUGCAAUACCGGUUUGAUACCGCAAUGGUAAUGUAAUCAAUAUCCUUCCCUCAAAAAAAUUAUCUAAUAACUUUGGAAAUGAUGAAAACUGUGUCAACUCUAUGCAUGAUUUUUCACCCGCCUCAUCGCUAAAAUUCCGUCUUGUUUCUAUUAUUAAAUUAUCUCGAUUCCCGAUAUCGGUUACUUUUUAACGUUGUGAAGGGCUUGCCAAUCGGCUUUUCGGGAAUCUGCCGAUCUGGUUCGUCAAACUUCUUCGGCGUGUCAUACGUUGA